AUGGAAGCCAAGAAAAUACCAAGAUUGAAGUAUUCUUGCCAGCAGUACCCAUAUAGAGAAGAAGGCAAGAAAAUACCAAGAUUGAAGUAUUCUUGCCAGCAGUACCCAUAUAGAGAAGACUGUGACUUGUACUCAAUAUUGGCUAUGAUGGAAGCCAAGAAAAUACCAAGAUUGAAAAGCCAAGAAACAACACCGAUUGAAGUAGAAGUACCAGCAGUACCCAUAAGGAAGAAUAAGCCAGGAAACAACACCGAUUGUAGUAGACGUACAAGCAGUACCCAUAAGGAAGAAGAAGCCAAGAAAAUACCAAGAUUGAAGUAUACUUGCCAGCAGUACAUGACUGGAAGAUGUUCAGACUGUGACUUCCACUCAAUAUUGGCUAUGAUGGAAGCCAAGAAAAUACCAAGAUUGAAGUAUUCUUGCCAGCUGUACCCAUAUAGAGAAGAAGCCAAGAAAAUACCAAGACUGAAGUAUACUUGCCAGCAAUACAAACAUGGAGAAGUUGACUAUGAUGAGCAUGUCCCCCCAAGAGAGGCAUGUGCAUUUUUGAUGCACUCAAGUCACAACUGUGACUUGUACUCAAUAUUGUCUAUGAUGGAAGCCAAGAAAAUACCAAGAUUGAAGUAUUCUUGCCAGCAGUACCCAUAUAGAGAAGACUGUGACUUGUACUCAAUAUUGGCUAUGAUGGAAGCCAAGAAAAUACCAAGAUUGAAGUAUUCUUGCCAGCAGUACCCAUAUAGAGAAGAGAAACCCAGUGGAUUAAAGAACUGA